AUGCGGAGUAUUCCUGAUUACGAUCGGAUGGGCGAAGAUAUGUGGCUGCAGAAGUGCCUCGAGAACAUUGGAGUUGCUUCGGUGGAGGACUACGAUGGCCUGGUGGCCGACGGCUACUGCCCCGGUGGCCCGAAAGGCUGUGCGUCGCAGGUGGUCGCGUUCCACCCGUUCAAGGUGCCGGCGCAGUGGUCCGAUUGUUACCGCCAGGCCACUGGUAGCAACGAGAUGUAUUGGUGA